AUGCCAAGUUGCCGACCAUCUCUUCUAUGUACAGACACGAAAUCCUUAUAUAUAAAGCAGCAUAGACUCAAUGAUUUGUCGAUGUGGGAUUUGGUUUUGUGUGUACUUAUUUGGGUUGGAUUGGGUACGGGUGGUGCUGGUGUGACUGGUGUCAAUUGGGUUUGGCGGUUGGAGUGGUUUGAUGGCUGUGGUGAUGCAGGCAGUGGCGGUGGGGAGCAGCAGCCUAGGCGGAACGCAGCUUAUUUGGAGUUUUUCAUCCAACACUUGGUGGGCAUAUUGGAGUUGCCCGCCAAGCUUCCAGGGGUCGUCGGUUCUGUUUUCUUUAUAACUGUAGGUGUGGGUGGUGUGCUUCCUCUGUAG